AUGUUCUCCUACUCAGCCACGGCGGUGACGACAUGUGGUGAGCUUCCGGCCAGUGUAGGCGUUUGCGCUGACCUGUUGAAAUACCUUGUGAACUUAAGGGCUGGAACCCAGCCAAUCACUCAGCCCUGCUGCAGCCUUAUCGAUGGCUUGGUUGGUCUCAACGCCGACGUUAAGGUUUGUCUCUGUGAUGCCCUCAAGAUUACAGAUGUUCUUGGGCUCGGACCACUUGUCAACGUCAACUUAGCUCUCACCCUGCUUCUCAACGAAUGUCACUACCCAGUUACUCCCGGCUACAUUUGCUAUUAA